GAUGCGGUGAGCUCCUACACGCUCCUGAGACUCUGGUAGUUUGUGUGUUGUGAUCUCGUGGUUGGUGAAUGAUAUUUACAGAUAGUAUACCACGAAGAAAAUGUGUUAAGCGAAAAUGAAUUAAAUGUGUGAAAAUGCUUUUGGGAUGGGGGCGAGAGACGAUAUGGUUGUUGGUGGUAGUGGUGAUGGUGGGGGAGGUGCGGGGGCUGAGCGGCUCCAACGUGUGCAUGGUGCAGCAGAAAUACAACAUUACGAAGCGUGUGAAGUAUCGCGCGCCGAUGUCGGUGCGAUCAUACGUGUGGUGCUUCUCCAUACCGCCGCGAUGUUCAAUGUGGAAGACUGAGAUGAGGGACCUCACCAAAUUAGAGACUGAGGAGCGCAACGCCGAAGUGGCAGUAUGCUGCCCGGGGUAUAAGAUGAAGGAUAUCUCCUGUAUUCCGAUCUGUCCUAAUGGAAAAACAGGACGCGGAUGCACAGAAGACUGUCCACCAAAUAAAUGGGGUCCGAACUGCGUACACGAGUGUAAGAAAUGUCGUAAUGGAUUCUGUUCACCAAUUACGGGGGAAUGUGAUUGUUUGGAAGGAUGGCAAGGUGAGAGUUGUCAGACCCGCAUGUCUACCACGCCAGCUACAACUGCUUUAGCAGAAGAACUACUAACAACUACGAAAUCUUCCACACAAACGCUUGCUUCUAUUAAACCGAUUGAGACAACUUCAAAAAGUACGACACCUAUAAGCUCAACAACUAAUUUCGUUACACAGUCGAUAGCUACUUCUAGCAAAGUCACUACUAUGAAACCAGUAGUUUCUACCACAACCACGAAAGCUACGACGGCACUUUCCACGACUACUUCUUCUACAUCCUCAUUAACAACUGCGAGCAAUACUUAUACCAAUGUAACUUUACCAUUACAACCUUCAUUGUGGACAAAAAGUGAAAGUACUACUGUAUUUCCAAAAACUUUCAUUAAGACUUACGUAUAUAAUAGAACAGAGAUGCCAGAGUUAGAACCUAAAGGUACGUCAGCACCAUUACUACCUCAGCAUGUCACCACGGAUAUGACGAACUCUUCAAUGACUACUAAAAUCCCUACUACAUUCACAAGCAGAAAAUCCUUAACAACUGCAACAAAAUUAGUCAAAACUACCAUACAUACGAUGACUGAAAAUGAAAGCUCCACUCUUGAAACCAAAACUACUAAAAAGGCAACCACUUUGAAGAGUUUUCCGAGUACGAUUAAAUUAAAACCAAAAGAAAUAUGGAUCAAGCCAACGCAGAAAGGUGAAAUUCCUAUUAUUGAAAUAAAACACAAAGCACAUGAAACUUCGUAUACCAGAAUCAAAAGUGCCAUAAAUAAAAAUGAAAUGCCAACAGAAGUGACGACUCCAAAAACUAUUAUUGUUUCUAUUAUUCCUACAUCGGUUUCUCAUGCUAGUUUCAAAAAGAUUGCUUUGACUACAGUGCCAUAUAACAUGUCUCACAAAAAUAAUGUUACUUCAACGUUUUCUAAAAAGACUGGAGUCACGAAAGCGAUUGAUUCUCAUGUGUCAACCGCACUACCUUAUACAAUUAAAAUAUUACAUCCAAUAAAAGAGAGGAAAUUAAAAGUUUCUGAAUCUAACAGAAGUCUUAUAAAUGAAAAUAUUAACAAAUCAAUAAGUACUCCGAAAAAACACUUAAAAGGACAUACCUCUGAAACUUUUAACAUUUCUACUGCUAAGGCAUUAUUUAAUACUACCAUGGCUACAAGUCGUACGACUAACAGCAUGAGCACGGCGAAUGAAUCAAGUGGCAUAAGACUAAAUCUUUCUACCUUAUUAACAAACAAACUUCUGACUAACCAUAAAAUGCGAAAUAGUACGAUAGAAAUAACCACAGUAAGCUCUAAUAUGCGGCCACAAUAUACUAAAGUACCUAAUUAUAACAGAACGCAAAGCGUAAAUAAACUAACACAUAAAGUUAGUGUUACAAAGAUGAUUGCAAACGUGAAGACAACAAAAAUGCCAAUCGCAAAACAUGCAACAAAAGAAAACACUACAGCCAAGAAUGUUCAUAAAAAUCUUAAUUCAAUAACUACUAAGGAGCCCGUUGAGGAUGAAACUUUUCAUAUUUUAACAGAGCCAGAGCACAUAACUGCAGUGAUGACAGACAAAGAGAGAGAGCACACGUCUGUGGAUUUGGUCUCUGUGGUCAGCAUAGCUGGUGGAGUGAUGAUGGCGGUGAUCACAGUAGCAGUCGUGAUAGUCAUGGUAGAAAGAUGUAGAAGGCCACGAUACGAUGACGUCAGAAAGAUGGACGAAAUGAGAAUGCAAUCGAUGAUUGACAGUGACGAUGAACCGCCACCAUACGUAAGAAGCAUCUUCCAUACACCCUUGCCAGAACCGCCAUCAGAGAAGUGUCAUUACCAGCCAAUAACAACGCUCGACAGGAAUUUAAAACAAUUCAUGAGACCCGUAGUGGUGCAGACCAUUUCGCCUGUUAUGCUGGAAAACUUUAGAGGUAUUUUGGAAUGCCACUACGAUCAUUUACCCAGGCGACAACACGACUUUGACGUACCGCUACGAAGCUCGAUAACGCCAUCUACAAACUACUCGGACGAACUACGUCCGCUCUCCGUGACUGACACGAUCGAGGCUUUAAAGUGUGAAGCGAAAUUCGACGUUAUUGACAGUACCACAUCCGAGCCAUUGUACGCAGAAAUACCCUGCUGGCGACCCCCUUCCGAGCAUGCUAUAGAGGUCAAUUUGAACGGAGAAGCAGUGACUGAGUUAUGACAACCUAACUGCCAUGAUGUUUCUUCUUGCAGCACAUAGAUGGCGCUAUUUUUAAGUGUAGGAUGAAUGUUAGUUUACGAGUUAAUUAAAAUUAAGUUAAAUAUUGUAUUGAAUGUCAUUAUUAUACCAAAGAUGUAAUGAUUGUGUGGUUCGUGUUGUAUUAUUAAGAUUUUUAAUUGUAAUGCAGAA